UUGGUUUAGAUAGACGUCUUUUGUGCUUACUACUGUUACAUGGUUUUACGAGUUGCUAAUACAUCGGGACGGGGAAAAAUUCUAGCCAGACAGUUGGUUGAACUCCUGGGACAAGUUUCGUAGUUUUGGUUUUAAUUCUCAACUUCGAACUCUUGACUUUUUCGGGUCAUUGACCGGGGCGUUUUGUACGUCACUGGGUCACGAAUCCAAGAUGGCGUCUGUACCCAGAGAAGGGGCAGGUUCUAAAACGCCAGUACGAUCGACCGAGGUGUCGACGGCCGUUCGGGUUACACCCAUAUAUAAGAACAUAUUACCAUUGGACCAUGACGUUUACGCCCCACCGAUGUCUGAAGUAGUUAUCGGUAACGUUACGCUGCCAGAUGUGGACUCCGCCAUUACGGGGAAUAGUGACAGAGAUGUGGGCGGAGCUCCACCUUCACCGUCUAGCAUAUAUUAUGCAAAUCGCGCAAGUAGCGCAAGUCACGCCUCACGAGACAGUCCACGAGAGUCCGGGCCUUUGUUUACUUCCGGCCCGGAUUUUUCGCAGUUGUUAAUAAAUAACCAACUAAUGGUGCAACAACAGGCUGAGGAGAUGAAAAAGAUGAGGGAAAUGAUAGAUAAUAUGCAACAGACUCCUCUUCAAUCUGCUAGGCCUACAGUGAACGAUGCAUCGUCAGAGGAAGAAGGGGAAGAUGCUAAUGACAGUGAUCAGGAUCAUGACCCAAUGACACAAGGAUUUCCCGAAGCAUUACAUGAAUUGAUGUGUGACGAUACGCGUACAGAAGAUAUGUCUCCAUCGGACGAUGGGAUAGAUAGCUUAGAAAUGUUUUUCGCGGGAGAUAAGAAUACUGGCCCGGACAUUUCAUCUAAGCUUGCCGGGAUAGUUAAUAAUUCUGUUGGAGUUAAAGUGAGUGAGCAAAAACGGAAAGACAUUUCUAACAAACAUUCCAGGCCUAAUAAUUGUAAACUCCAAGUGCCAAGAGUGAAUAAAGGUAUCUGGAAGACACUGAGAAAAUCCACGAAAGAUACGGAUGUUAAGUGGCAAACCACACAGCAAAUGCUGUGUAUGGGAAUGUACCCGCUACUAAAAUUGACGGACCUUCUGUACAAUGCCAGUAAGGACCAAGGGGUUCUCCUGAAGAAAGACCUUAUGUCGGCUUUGACUUUAGCUAAUGAUAGUUUUAUUAGCCUUCAGGUGGCUUUCACCGAUGUCUCACUUAAGAGACGCUUCAUGUUGAAGUCAGAACUCAACAAGGAGUUUAAAGAUUUGUGCAACACGGACAAUCCUAUCACAGAUCAGCUGUUCGGUGAUGAUUUGGAUACACAGAUAAAAAAACUGGAGGAAGCAAAAGUGGGGAAGAAAAUGGGAAAGACCAGGAAACAGCCUAGCGAUAGGACUGCACCUUACCCAACUAAGCCAUCGGGGUAUCAACAGCCCAGUCGUCAAGGGCAACAUUUUCAGUACCAACAUUCUAGUCGAGGGAAUUAUGGACACUACCAUGGACCUCGGCAUACUACAGCUGGAAACCACCAAGCUCAUCAACAUCAACAGAAUCGUGGCAGGCCAUAUCAUUUUUUGGGGAAAACGAGGCCUCGAGGGAAGUCCCCGAGGUAACCCUUUCAAGGAAAAGCAUUGUGAUAGACAGAGUGCUGCAGAAGUUGGUGGAGGAUCAAGCAACAGCAGUUAUGGUGGCACCCAUUUGGACAACACAGCCGUGGUUCCCGGGAUUAUUGUCACGAAUA